UCAGGGCACAGUACCAGUUUCCCACCCUAUUUGCUACUUCACUUCCCGGAUAUUGGAGAGUUAUGGCGGCCAAUUCUUCUCCGUUCAAGAUAAUCUUGGGAUCGUCUUCGGUAGCUCGUCGGAAAAUAUUGGCGGAAAUGGGUUACGAUUUCACAAUCAUGACUGCAGACAUUGAUGAAAAAAGCAUCCGAAAGGAAAAACCAGAAGAUUUGGUUAUGGCUCUUGCCGACGCGAAGGCUGACGCCAUCUUAUCAAAAAUACGAACUUUGGAUAGUCAAAAGAAGGAUGAUGAACCCACAAUAUUAGUUGCAGCGGAUACAGCAGAAGCCAUCCUUCAGAGGUUCCCCAUUGGUGACUACAUAAAGGAUGCUGAGCCAACUUUAUUAAUUACAUCAGAUCAAGUGGUGGUCUAUGAAGGUGUAGUCAGGGAAAAACCUUCCAGCAAGGAAGAAGCACGGAAAUUCAUGAAAGAUUACUCAGGGGGGCAUGCUGCAACAGUGGGAUCUGUGCUUGUUACAAACCUUAAAACUGGAUUCAGAAAAGGAGAUUGGGACUGCGUGGAGAUCUAUUUCCAUGAAAUACCUGAUGGAGUCAUUGAAAGUCUGAUUGAGGAGGGCACUGUGCUUAAUGUUGCCGGGGGAUUGAUAAUCGAGCAUCCUCUAAUUCUGCCGUUAGUAAAGCAAGUGGUAGGGACAACUGACAGCGUGAUGGGACUCCCAAAGGCUCUUACUGAGAGACUCCUAGAAGAGGCGCGCUCUAGUUUCGAAUCUUGACUUGCUAUCUAACUAAUGUUGAUCAACACUCUUUUAUUCUUUACCAUUUCAUCGAGCGCAUUUGAACUUGAUAACCAUUUGCUACAUUC